AUGGGCAUCGAAGCUCAACAAUGGACGCUGCCGGAACACUUCCACGAUCAGUUAAAGUUCUCUGCGCGACUAUCUCCUCCGCGACUUAAUGCUCACGACGAAAACGAAAACGACAACGCCGAUGACGACGAAGAUGACAAUGGCGGCUGGGAUAAUACUCUUAGACCUAUAGCCCUCGAUUCCUCUACUUCUCGAGCCAUUGCGCACUCGCGCGAGUCUUCGCUUGACAAAUUGCAGUCGGGUGCACUCGCUGGCAUCCCCGAAUCGCCCCAAUCAGCAUCGUCCCCCACUACAUCCCCUGGCCUACGUGCGGCCGCGUCGCGUUCUGGCCCAGGCGGCAUAUUCGAGCGUCUCGUUGACCCCAAGGCUGCAUCGUACGGACACCAUCGUCAGACAUCUAUUGUUCAUGGCAUCCAACAUUCGAGGAAUGGGAGUCUCGCAAGCUCGUCUUCGAGUCCUCUCAGUCCGCAAAUGAUAGCAGCCGCAGGUGCUGGGCUUCUUCCAGAACGGUCAGACAUGUCAACUAUCCACCGCUUAGAUUCGGAAAUGUCAACAGCCUCGAUACCUACGAUGGCCUCACGGCCGACGACUGCCUUGUCGGGCACUACCGCCAACGCAUCCAUUCACUCAGAAAGAGCACAAUCCAGCCAGGAGAAUAAUGUUGGAGGUACUAUUACUCAGAAGAAGCUCGAGCGGAAGCACAGCAAAACUCGGCGUGAUCAUUCACAUCACCACUCGCAUUCGUCGAGACAUCACAGGGAUGAACCGAAGACUGUAGGCGAAUAUGCCAUGCAUGUACUAUUCACAUCAUUUAUUGCUAUGGCCGAAGACAAACUACAGGAAUGCAUCACAGUGCCUUUCGACCCCGAACCACCAAUCGAGCAGAUAUGCGGUCCUGGAGCUGAUCCAGCUUUUGACCGCUUUAUUGAGGCUCUUGGGCACAUUGCAAGCCAGAAACCAAGACCACUCAUCGAUUCUAUAAUGCUUUGGCGGAAACAUAAGAGCGAAGCAGCCAACGAGGCACGUAGUCUGCUUCACCAGAUGAAAUCCAACCUCCCGGCGGCGUCUCUCGUCAGGCGUAAUACAGAGCCAUUGCAGCUCAUCACCGGGAAUCCUGGAGAUGCGACAUCCGGCAUGCCGCACGCCCUCGCGGAGAAGCAGAACGAAGCAGCACAUGCCGAGCGUCGAUCUAUCGUCUCUAUUUUUAUAUUGUGCCGGGUCCUUCUGGAAGUCAUCACCCAGAGUAGCCUCAGUUCCAUUACUCUCGAGAUGGAGGAUAAGCUUGAAGCCAUUAUAUUUGGCCAGCUAAAGAUUGCUGACGUAGAGCAAUUGUACAUCUCCCCUCUCAAGCUGGCCAACUGGAACCUUUUCGCUCAGUUGCUUGGUGCCAUGAGCGUGAUCAAUUUUACCAGCGUUACAGAUCGAUUUAUUAACGAUCUCGAUCGGACCCUCCAGGAACUUACCGUAAGGAACUCGACAUCUCAGAACAGGGACCCCGAGGGCCAAGUGGAGUUGGUGCUGGGAGGUAUGAAGCAUUUGCAUAUAAAGAUUGACACCGACGAAAGCUGGGACCAAGCCUGCGACUUUCUUGUGUCCCUAGCUAAACUGUUUGCUCGAUCCCACGGCCAGAAGGUGAAGGCGGCGUUCUGCCAGAUAUUAGAUACGCUGCUCCUCCCUAUCGCAGCCAAGGCUACUAACAAGCAUUUCUCUUACCUGAAGUGGUCCGAGGUGCUUAGCAAUGUUAGCCCUCGCCUGGCUACCAUGUUUGUAAAACCGCGCCAUUGGCAGUCUGCUUUCCCGUUAACAGCAACGAUGCUCUGUGUAUCGUCUCCGGAGAAUCUGAGCAACCAAUGGCUGCAACUAAUUCGAACAGUCCAGCCGAGACUUAAAGAUCGCAAUAUGCGUCCUGUGUGCCUGCAAGUCAUCUCACGGUUAGUAUGGGCUUACUUAUAUCGAACUACCAAUACUAUUGCUGGGGCUGGGCGAAAACUAGACGAAGUAAUGCAACUCGUCUUGCCUGCUACCAAGCGUACAUUUUCAGCUGCGGAUAUAGCUUCCACGGGGCCAUUGAUACAACUUAUUAGAAUCAUUGGCUUUAAAUACCCAGAAUACUGCUGCGAUAGUAUUAUUUUUCCUUUAAUAAAUGCCGACCUGAUUCAGAAUAAGGAUCUUAAAGUUGAACAGCUAGAGCCGGACAAGAUAGUCAUCGGGAUCAGGGCAUUUCUCGCAGUCAUAUCGGACUUAGAAAAGGGUGAACGGCCUCCAUUUCCUCAGCAUUAUCCCCUCCCAUCUGCUUCCGAUCGGGCUCCUCCGAGUUCACCAGCAUCGGCUUCAACUUCUAGCAUGAUGCCCACAAGCCCGCUCGCAUACGACCGCGACGAAUCCCUAUCGCAACCCGUGCAAAUCGGCGCACUGGGUGACGGCGCAAAAACCCGCUAUAAACAAUUCUCGGAAGUUCUCGGUAAAAUUACCAUCAUUUGCGAUAAUACCUUCGGAGGCCAGGCUGCGCUUGACGAGAAGUUCAGUAGCCCAACAGGGCCGAAGACGCCCAUCUCUGAGACUUUCAACUUUUCACGACGCGACGACCAUCCAAGUCCUGCUGAUCAAAAGCAAGCUUUCUACGAACUUCUCCAUGUUGCUGUGCAGGCCCUGCCUCGCUGCCUCCCUGCUGAUAUACCUUUUAAUUCACUGAUUAAUCUUCUCUGUACGGGCACGGCACACGUACAGCAUAAUAUUGCUGAAUCUUCUGCCCAAUCUCUCAAAUCUAUUGCCCGGCAGUCAUAUGCACACCAAGUCACGGUAGGAUUCGCUCGGUUUAUAUUCAAUUUUGAUGACCGCUACUCUACGAUGUCUGAUGGGGGGAUGCUUGGACCUGGCCAUAUCGAGAGCACUUUACGGCUUUACGUCGAGCUGCUGCAAAUAUGGAGAGACGAAAUACGACAGAAAACUAAAGAUGCCGCGUCUGAUAUUGGGGACCUUAAUGGUACCGAUAAACGGGGAAUGAAACUAGAUUUGUCUAGCAUCUGGGCCGAAGUCGAACACGUAGAGGCCCGCGGUUUGUUCUUCCUGUGCUCCCAAUCGCGUAGGGUACGACACUUUGCGAUCACGGUCCUUCGGCUGAUCGUCGAGUUCGAUGCCGCCCUAGGCAAGGACAGUACGCAAGAGGGAGAAACUGUUCGGCUCAUUGAUAUCCUAGAAAAUGAUUCGGUGCAAGUGAUGAAUUUCAAGGACGAACAUCUAUCCGUAGCAGAACGAAGCCGACUCCAAAGAGGCAUGCAGAACAGCAACAACAAAGGGGCCCUAAUUGAGCUCUGCACCAGCGACGUUUCAUAUGACACAACUCUCUGGUUUAAGAUCUUCCCUAAUUUUAUACGGAUUGCUUAUGAUCGAUGUCCCUUCACUGUGACUAUCGGCCGAGAUCUAGUGUGCAACCGAAUUCUACAGAUGUACAAGGGUAUAGUUGUUCUAUCAGAACCGACUCGGGGUCUCUAUUAUGGAUCCGACCCUGGCAGUGCCAGAUACACGGGAAGGACACCGACGACGCAGCCUGACGUGCUCGUUGAACAAUGGAAGCUGUACUUGACUUUUGCCUGUACGACUUUGGCCGACUCUGGCACUACUAUAAAUGGCGUGUCGCAAAACAGCCAGCAUGCGCGGAAAGUAUCCAAAGCUGCCGACAAGAUUGUAUCGGCUAGGACGCUCUUCAAAUUCUUGAUACCGUUGCUCUUGGCUUCUUCGGCUUCCGUUCGUGAAGCUGUUGUGCUUGCUAUGGGCUCGAUCAAUAUUAACAUAUAUCGAACCUUACUCGAGGAACUACAGGGACAAGUAUCCCGAUGUAAUGACGAGGCACGCGCCAGGAUACACCAGCGAACCAACAGUGGCCCGCGUAGAAACCGGAAAACGGACCUGUUACGGACAGAGAUCACUUACGUAUAUAAGUUGACUUGCCACUUUUUAAAGGAGCCUGAGGUUUACCAGGAUGAUUGGAUCCUCAAUAAUCUUUGUACGUACACGAAGGACCUAAAGCUCUUCCUUAUGGAUGGCGAGGUUCAGAUGGAUUGGGAGUUUCAAAAACUAAGGCGCCACUACUGCGGCCUAGUUGAAGGGCUUUUCGAGGGGGUUAACCGUACGAAAGACCCAUCUCGUUGGAUGACGUUUGAGUCGCGGAAGUCCUCUUUCACCUUGAUGGAGGACUGGUGUGGAUUCUCGCCAAAUCAGAUGCAGAUCCGCCAAAGAGAAGAUACGAUGAGACAGUCAUUGAUUGACCAGCAAUCUCUCGGCGAAAGGGGCACUAUUACUGCAGCUAUGGAAAUAGAAAAGAGAAAUUUAAAGACAGCAGCUCUGAGUGCUAUGGCAAGCCUUUGUGCUGGUCCAGUCAGUGUAACCACCGAGAGCGGUGCUACGCUUCAUUUCGACAUGAGACGGAUGCUGAACUGGGUGGAAUCGAUUUUCAGCUCCGGAAGUGACCGGGUCAAUGUUAUAGGGAGAAGAGCCAUAAAAAACCUGAUCGUUUAUAACCAGGACCAUCCCUACCUCUUGGAGCACUGCAUCGCGCGGUGCUACCUCACCGAAGUGCCCAAGGUGCUUGAAAAGCAUCUCGACUACCCGUCUCCAUUCUGGAAAUUCGACCAAAGCGAUAUCCGAUCCAAGUCAGCCCACGUUCUCAGGGCUCUCGGGGAGAGGCAGCAAGCCGCACAGAACUCCAAGAUCCGAGACUUCGAGAUCAGCAUUGCGGAUAAGACUAAGGCUGUCUACAAGUUGGCCCAGUUCGAGAUUUCUAAACGUCUCGCGAAGCAACAUCCUGAACUCGCCUUUCAUAUCUUUUCCGAGGUUACACUUUAUUUCAAGAAUCUCCCCCCAGGUGCGCAGCGAAAUGUCGUGGCCGUCGAUCCAAAUGGUGGGCCUACGGCUCAAUCUUACGUGCUCCUUGCCAAUCUUCUUGAAGUUACCAUCAAGUCCAGCGCCGCACUUCAUAACGAGGUGCAGGCGCUCUGGCAAGCACUCGCCACCGGUCCGUUUCCUGGAAAUGUCCGGCUUGUGCUUGAUUUCAUCAUUUCUCUCUGUUUGGAACGGAGAGAGCAGAACUUCGUCGAGUACGCCAAGCAAAUAGUAGUCUUCUUAUCAAGCACUCCUAGCACGCCGGGCAUUAAAGUAGUAGAGUUUCUGUUGAUGCAGAUCACUCCUAAAGCUAUGGUCCCUAACGAGAAGAGGGAUAUUGUUCCGUCUCCUCCUGAUCUUAGUCAACUACAAUUACCUUAUUGCGCCGAUUUGUCAGAAGCCUUGCCCGUCGGAACCAAACAGGCGGGCUUUUCCCUGGGACAGUUAUCCCUGAUACUCUUAGUUGAUUUGAUGGUAUCACCUGUGCAACUCAAUACCGACAAUCUGAUAGUCUUAUUGCAAGUCAUUACGGUACUUUGGGAUCAUUACACACCUCUCGUUCAAGAGCAAGCUCGGGAAAUGUUAGUUCACUUGAUCCACGAGCUUGUUGUUUCAAAAAUGGAUGAGGGUACUCCCACGGAAACAAAAAAGUCGGUCGAGGACGUGGUUGAUGCAAUUCGACGCCACGAUCGUGCUGUUGUCUGGGGUUACGAAGAGAGUAACGGCAAAGUAGACGGCCGUGAUAAUAAGGUACCUCAGAGUAUGGAACAUCUGACCGCGGAAGUUGUCAAGACGUUUGAAAUCACUUUCCCGGGAAUCAAAGAACAGUGGAGUCGUCUAUCGCUAACUUGGGCAACUUCGUGUCCUGUUAGGCAUCUCGCUUGUCGUUCAUUCCAGAUCUUCCGCUGUAUCCUUACCUCGCUCGACCAGCUGAUGCUUGGCGACAUGCUUGCUCGAUUGUCUAAUACCAUUGCGGAUGAAGAUACUGAGAUCCAGACAUUCUCUAUGGAAAUCUUGACAACUCUGAAAACCCUCAUUUCGAAACUCGAGCCGGAGAAACUCGUAUCCUUCCCCCAGUUAUUCUGGACGACAUGUGCGUGCCUGGACUCGAUUAACGAGGUCGAAUUUCUUGAGGCAAUUGAGAUGCUCGAUGAGUUCUUGGAAAAGCUUGAUUUCCACUCCCCGGGCAUUCGGAAUACUCUUAUGGAGGGUCAGCCUCCAAGGUGGGAGGGCUCAUUCGAAGGCGUCCAGCCUUUGCUCUAUAAGGGUCUGAGAUCGUCUCUUUGUCUUCAGCCCACACUUAACAUUUUAGAUAAGCUUGUUCAGCUACCAAGCUGUGAUCUCAUCGGAAAUGACAACAGGCUAUUCUUUUCCAUCCUUGGUAAUUUUCCACGUUUCUUGCAGGCCAUGGAACAUGGCCCUAUCGACGAAGGAACACUGCAAACUGCGGAAAUCCUUUUUGCGGUGGCCGAGGCGCAAGGGUUGUCUUCGAUUUGCGCGGCUCUGGGAGCUUUUAUGGAGUCGAGAUACCCCUCUGGUAAAGAUUUCAUGAUCCAGCUUCUUGCUGCACUUCGUGAAAUCUUCCUACCACAGCUUGACUUCCAAAUGUUAACAAUGAUACUGGGUUUCCUCACAAACAGCCUACCUUCGGUGAAGAUCAUGACUAUGAGGCUACUUUGCGUUAUCAUUCCCGAAAUUGAGAUGCGCAAACCUGAAAUUGCUAGUCACGGUUCCGACUUGAUUUCCCCGCUCUUCCGACUUCUGCAGACCGAGUAUUGCAUGGAAGCGCUAGAUGUGCUCGACAAUAUCAUGACCAUGUCUGGUACUCCGAUGGAUAAGCAUUACGUCCGUAUGAGCAUGACCAGCGCGGCAUCCAAAGAUAGGAAAGACUACGAGACAACUCAGAGUCUAUUUGGUAUUCCGGAAGACUCUGGCUGGUCGAUCCCAGUCCCGGCAAAGAAGACGGAAAACACACGGGCUAAUAUACAUGCUGCGUUCUAUAUGUGUCAGGCAAACCCCGAGGAUGGCGCGGCCACAGACCCAACACCAACACCAGAGGUCGAAUUCCAUGCUGACGAUUACCGAUACGGUUAUUUCGAGAUGCCAGAACGAACGGAUACCAUGAUGUCGGAUGAUGUCCAGGGCGACGGCCAGAUGGCCGACUUAGUAACCAAGCUAGAUAGUCUAGACGACUUCUUCGAUGAUAUGUCACAAACGUCCCCUAGUGAGGGUCGAUCAUCAAGAACGGUGACGGAAUUCUCGCCCGAGAGCUACGAGUCCGGUGCUCGCCUCUACGACGACGUCUUACCCAUCUUACACCAAGCUUCGACCAAUACCUCAUUCCAGAACGGCUUCGUAGACCGGAUGCCCAUGUCGAAAGAAAUCAAGCCCAACACCAUGAACCCAGGUGCCUUCAACCUCGCUGCAAUAGCCCGGCCGGGACUACACUCACGCUCGAUAACCUCGCCCUCAGCACCGACGUCGUGGACCCAACCCCAACUCGGCGAGCUAACCUCCGACGACGAACUAACGGAAGAAGUCUUCUCCGACGGCGACGACGACCGCCCACCGAACGGCGCGCCGGAGAGCUCGUUCUUCCUAGAGAACAUGAUCAAGCCGAUCGCGCAGACGACGAGGACGCAUAUGCGCCGGCUUACGGGCGGCGGACGACGCGACGCCGAGAGGCAGCGGGAACUAUUCCGCGCGCGCCAGCAGCAGAUCUCGCCGCAGGUGCCCAAGGUGCCGAACUCGUUCUUACCGCACAAGGCGAGCCCGUCUCAUGGCGAUAUGCUAUGA